CCCUCCCCUGUCAAACUCAACCUUCUAGCCCACUUAAUAAUUGGGAUUAUAGUAAUACUCUGUUUCCAUCAAAUCCAGAAGGCAAUAAUACAUACGAUAUCUCUCGCAAUUUUUUUCUGUUGGCUCGUUUUCCUUUCCUCACGGGACUGUAGAAACGUGGGGUUUAAGUUAAUUGCGUCUACGACUCUACGUAUAUCCAGAACAGUGUUGGGAAACUAUAUAACUGCAGUAUAUAUAGUUCACCAAAUGGCCUUAGACCCACAUCAAUUAUACACUGGUAUAGCUGGUAGUAGUUCUGUAAGCUUGAGCUUGAUCUCCAAAGUACCGCAGUGAUGUCGAAUGCGUCAUGCUUGGCCUCUUCUGCUCGAAAUGAAGCAGAAACUGCGCUGUUAGCCCCUACUGCUGCUGCUGAUUAUCAUCCCACUUUGUGGGUAGAUGAUGAUUUCCUCACCCUCAAGGUUAGUACUACUCCAUAGAUUAUAUAUUUAGCAAUUUCAAAUAUGAAACAGUAUGGUAUAACAUGUCAUAGAGAUCUCAUAUCACCUUUCUACAUUUCUGCGAGUCGGAGGAUGAUGUCAUCGAUGCUUCAAUAGUACAUGAACUUCAACACGAAGAGUUGAAAGAAGAAGUAAGGAAGAUGCUGACUGCUACAGCAAGCGACCAGGCUCAGAAACUACAGCUGAUUGACGCGGUCCAGCGCUUGGGUGUGAGUUACCACUUUGAGGGAGAGAUUGAAGCUGAGCUGCUGAACUUGAUGAUGGCGUCUGCCAUUUCUGACUCCGUAGCUAAUGAUCUCAAUUCGGCUGCACUUUGGUUCCGCCUCCUCAGGCAACAAGGCUUCCAAGUUUCACCAGACAUUUUGGAGAAGUUCAAAGACGGUGAAGGGAACUUCAAGCAAGCAUUGGUCGAUGAUGUGCCAGCAAUGCUGAGCUUGUACGAAGCAUCGUUUCUGGGUAUACCGGGAGAAGAUAUCCUGGACCAGGCAAUGGCCUUCACUGCACAAAACCUCCGCUCAUCGUCGGCUGCUGGCACGAUGAGCGCGAAGCUGGCUGAAGAAGUAAGCUUUGCCCUGUACCGGCCAAUCCGAAAGCGUUUGCAGAGGUUGGAGGCGAGGCAUUUCAUCGACACCUACCAGAACGACGAGUCCCACAAUGGUGCCUUGCUGAGGUUUGCGCAGUUGGACUUCAACAUCCUCCAGCAACAGCAUCAGGAAGAGCUACUAGGGAUCCAGCAGUGGUGGGGAGGUUUGGACGUGCCGACCAACUUCCCAUACGCAAGAGACAGAAUCGUGGAGGCCUACUUUUGGAUAAUGGGAGUGUAUUUCGAGCCUAAGUAUUGCCUGGCCAGGAGGAUGCUCACCAAGUUCAUAGCCAUCAUGUCUCUAGCCGACGAUACUUAUGAUAACUACGCUACAGCCGAACAGCUAGAUGCUCUCACUCAGGCUAUCGAAAGGUGGGAUGUCAAUCUCAUAAGCGGACUUCCAGAGUGCAUGAAGAUGCUUUACGGCUUAUACGCCUACAUUUUCGAUGAAUUUGAAGAGACUGUUUCUAAAGAAGGGAGGCCUUUUGCUCCACCUUACGCGAAAAAAGCACUAGACAGAACGCUCAACGCGUAUCUAACGGAGGCCAAGUGGAGGGAUGCAGACUACUUCCCGAACCUAGAAGAGUACAUGGAAGUUGCACUCGUCACCUCUUGCUAUCCGUUGCUCGCAACUGUUUCAUUCGUCGGCAUGGCUGGCGCCACAGAGGAGGCCUUCGAGUGGCUCUCCAGGGAUCCCAACGGGCUCAAAGCCUCCUCGACCAUCUGCAGGCUGAUGGACGAGAUCGUCUCCCACAAGUUAGAGCAGGAAAGGAAGCACAUCCCGUCGGCCAUCGAAUGCUACAUGGAGAAGCACAAGGUGGCAGAGGAGGUGGUGGUGAGACUGUUCGAGGAGCGAAUUAAGAACGCGUGGAAGGACCUGAACAAGGAGUGCCUGAGGCCGACGGAGGUGGCUGCGCCGCUGAUGGAUCGGAUUCUGAACCUGACGAGGGCGAUUGAUGUGAUCUAUAAGGACCACGAUGGCUACACCGACUCCUACUGGCUCAAGGACUGCGUCGUCUCUGUUCUCAAGGAACCCGUCUUCAUUUGACGCUUUGAGAUGAAAAUGAGGCGUAUGAAUGUACCCUACUCCGAUUAAAACAAGGCGAUGAGAGGCCCGUUAUCGAACCCUCCCAUCGUGUUUGUGCGUGUUCUGUAUUGUAUAUUUUCUCUUGGUGCAAUCUGUAUCGCAGAUUUCUGUGUUUGAUUUGGUGAAAUCUUUGCAUUAGAUAUCACAGUGACAAGUGAGGGGAGCGGGGCCUCAUGGAUUACUCUGAUGAUGAAAUUAUGAAUAUAAUGCCCCAAAAGGAACAGGAUUAACAAACAAAAAAUGUAUCGAAAUAGGGAACGGCUACGGUGCUAAUUGUACAAUAGUUAGCACCGUUUUAACCAAGGGAAAAACUACUACUCAUUUGAAUUAGUAGUGAUUUAGCUUAGAUGUUGUAUUGAUUUUAUAAUAAUCCGUAGUGAUUUUUGCUAGUUAUCACGGUACUAACCUCUAUAGGGGUUAGCACCUAAUCCCAUCCCAUCAAAUACCAUGGUUGAAAUCUUUGCAUUAGAUAUCAUAGUUAUUAACUAGCUGUUGGCUGGCUGGACUUGCUAACCAGGAGCUAACUCGGGGCUCUUAAAUGUCGAUCCCCUGUCUCUUUCUUCAGGGUGCGUGGCGCCCUGUGAGGCGUUUCUCCGACAUGGGUCAAUUAAAUCUGCCGAUUCAAUGUUCCCCUUCAGCUCCUCCAGCCUGCCCUCCCGCUUUCUUUGUCCGGUUCAACUGGCCAACUAUCCACCGGCGGCAUUAAUCCAUGCCGUGACGUCGCAGAUAGUUGCCCUGCCCCUGCCUCUGCCUCUAUAAAAACAGAGUAAGAAUAAAGGUUAGCAUAUUCUGUUAUAUGUACAGGUGGUGGGGAGGUUUGGAGGUGCCGACGAAUUUUCCAUACGCCAGAGACAGAAUUGUGGAGUGCUAUUUUGGAUCAUGGGAGUGUAUUUUGAGCCCAAGUAUUGCCUGGGCAGGAGGCUGUUGACCAAAUUCUUGGCCAUCAUGUCUCUGGCGGAUGAUGCUUAUGAUAACUACGCUACAGCUGAACAGCUUGAUGUUUUCACUCAUGGCGAUUGAAAGGUAAUGAUUAUAAUUUACUACUUCUAUGCUCGAGUGGCCUUCGCGGUUCGAAUCCUGACGAAAUCAUUUGUCAAAUACGUAUAUGAUGGCGCGUUAUCGUUUGAGAUGACGUGUUAGUAUGUAAUAUAAGCUUUAUAAUUGAGCAUGAUAUUCAUCUCUCUGCAAAAUUCAAUCUCAUAUGAGUUUUGACUGUCUUUAACGUCUAAUUUCCAACCACACUCGUGUCUUAGUUGACCAUGCAUGCAGUUAAUGUAGUUAAAAUCAAGUUUUAAAACUUAAAACGUUAGAGCAAGAGAGGAAAAGCACAUCCCGUCGGCCGUCGAAAUGCUACUUGGAGAAGCACAAGGUGACGGAGGAGGCGGUGGUGGAGCUGUUUAGGCAACGAGUUGUGGACGCGUGGAAGGAGCUGAACAAAGGGUGCCUGAGGCCGACGGCGGCGGCGCUGAUGGAUCGGAUUCUGAACUUCACGAGGGCGAUGGAUGUGAUCUAUACAAGGUGGAGGAUGAUCUAGUUUUUCGGGUUAAUAAUGGUUGAGCUAUCAUAAUGUUUUUCUUAUAAUCAAAUAAUGGAUGUAGCUUUUUCGUGGAGCUGCCCACAUUGUGGCAUAACAUGUUAUUUCAUCGAGAAUCGGGUUGCAUACGGGCUAUAGUGUUUUAUUAUUAUUUGUUUUGUAUUUUUGUUGUCCAGCAGCCAUGUCCUGGAGGCUUAUCUUGGAUAAAAAAAAAAUUGAUAGGACAAUUAAUUCUAAAUCAAAAUAUUUCAUUAUCAAAAGCAAAUUUUAAACCUAGACUAACUAAUUUAACGGGUUAAUACAUUAUUUUGACCCGA